AUGGAUCUACUUCUCGAAUUAGUUGGGAUUACACCUAAACGCACCGUACAGCUAACGCAUCAGCGAUUCUAUAAAGUUUGCCAGAGAAGUUCAAAUAUUCGGCUUUUCGCACGGCGAUUGUCGACUACCGUAGAAAUACCGCUUGAAGGCCCGACGGCACCGGAUUUUGCGUCUCUAGGAAUAAGAUUGCCGAUUUGCCAAGCUUUGAAAGAGAAUUUCUGCAUCACGAAACCGACAUUAUGUCAACAAGAGUCGAUCCCCCCAAUACUCAAUGGAAACGAUGUAUUCAUAAGAGACGUCACUGGAUCUGGUAAAACUUUCGGUUUAACGCUGGCUCUAUUAAACAGCAAACGCGCUCACAGAAUCGAUAAAGGGAAAAAGGGACAACCAUGCAUAACUAGUCUCCUCGUGGUCCCAUCUCGGGAGGUGGCAAUGCAAAUAGAAGGAUGGGUUCGCCGAUUAUUACCAAGUGAGACUUUUCCAUCGCUUGCUGCGGUGGUCCAGACUGUUUACAGAGGUCAGGAUAUUAAUAACAAUGAGUUAUUGAAAUCUUUAUCGGAGACACCACCACAUCUACUAGUAGGUACUGCUACGAGACUACACGAACUAAUAAAAGGCAGGGACAUAGAUUUGAGAGACUUGCGUACACUGUCUCUUGAUGAGGCCGAUCAUUUGCUUCAAUUACCCAAGAAGUAUGCAACACUUCAGGAGAUAUAUGCAAGAUCAAAGCAUAUCCCUCCGGGAGAAGAGGUGCUUCACCAUGUCUUUGAGGUAGCAGGCAGCUUGCAAUAUAAGCCACAGUUGGUAGUAUUAUCUGCGACGGUGAAUCGUUCACUUCGAUACUUUUUCAUGAAGGACAAUGGAUAUGCAGUAGAUCCUGUAUUUGUUGACAUAUCAAAAGGUCAUAAAGCACCCGAUAGUAUCGUUCAUCACUGCUUGAUAGUCGGAGCUCAGGAUAUUAGAAAUAUUCGAAUGGAAAAGACGAGUUGGAUAACAGAAAACCAGACACCGGAAAAUGACACAUCUUACGACGCCAAUGACGAGAUUGACUUUGGUGAUGACGACGACCGUAUGCUCGAUAGCGUAGCGGGAGCUUUUGAGGCCGAACAAGUGGAAAGAGGGAUUCUCUUUAUUGGUGACGGUACGAAUAUACCGCAUCUGAUUUCUCGACUUAGAUCUUUCGGAUUGCCUGCGACAGAGUUGGUAUCAUCUUUUAGUUCGUUGGCUGGUGGUUUCUCGCCAUCACCUAAUCGAAGAGUAUUAUAUGUUGCGACGCAGAGCUUUACACGUGGUGUUGACAUACCUUCAGUAUCACAUGUCUUUAUACUUGGGGGGCCACCUGCUCCAUGGAAUUAUUUGCACAUGGCUGGACGAACGGGAAGAAUGGGUCGACCUGGAAAGGUGAUAAUCUUGUUGAGGAACCACGGUGGCAAAGAAGCGAAAAUGAGAACAAUAUUACAGUUGAUGAAUGCGAAUUGGAAACCUUUUGAGCAUGUUCAGGAUUGA